ACGAUAAUGCACACGUUCCUAACACGAGGAAAUGCUAUCAUAGCAUAUACGUUAAGCGUGUCGGCCUGCCUCACAUUCUGCUGUUUUCUCUCGACAGUAUUUAUCGAUUACAGGGCGAACGUAACGUUAAAUACGGUUAAAGUUGUCGUAAAGAAUGUACCAGAUUACAGUGCGUCGAGAGAGAAAAAUGACUUGGGCUACUUAACUUUUGAUCUACAAACUGAUCUCACUCCAUUAUUUAAUUGGAAUGUUAAGCAAUUAUUCUUAUACCUCACGGCGGACUAUCAGACAGAAAAUAAUGAAUUUAAUCAGGUAGUACUAUGGGAUAAGAUAGUUCUUCGUGGAGAUAAUGCUGUACUCGAUUUUAAGAAUAUGAACACGAAGUAUUACUUUUGGGAUGAUGGCAAAGGCCUCAGGGGAAAUAAGAAUGUAACGUUAACAUUGUCCUGGAACAUUAUUCCAAAUGCUGGAUUGUUACCUAGUGUUAAUGCUCUCGGUUCUCAUACUUUUGCAUUCCCAUCUGAAUACACGACGUUACGUGUAUAACGCAUAUUUAAAUGUAUAUGUGUUAUGAUUGUGUACUAUAAUAUGAUUUUGUAAGACUUAUUUAAACUGCAUAAAAUUCAUGUACAAUAAACAACGUUUAUUUCUUCA